GGGGGAUGAUAGCCCUCACUGGAAUACAAUUUAUCCUUAAACUGACAGUUUACUUAAUUAUUAUUGUAAUUUUUUAAAGCUAUAAAAAGGCUUUUCAUUUAACAAAAACAUAUUUUUGUUUUAAACUAAACCUGACAAUAAUCUAGGACCCCCCCUCCGACAGCAGUUAAAUGGGUGUGUCUGUUGUUGCUCAAGGUUUGCUCUCUCCCUGUCCGUCCAGCGCUUUCCUCUGGUUUACACUCUUCAAAAAAUGUCUUGAACAGGCUAUCCCUGCUGCCUCACAUGGCUAGGAGGUCGACAGCUAACUUAUCAGACGGUUUCAUGGUUGGACUAAGUGAAAAGAGCAGGUGAAUAACAGAGGAGAGAAGGUGAGCAGGGACCACCAUGGAGGCUGCAUUCCCCUCCUUCCUCUCUGCCUCUAACCAUCUGUCCUGGUUCAUCUUUGCUCUGUUUACUUCAUGGAUGAUCCUGGGUUCAGCAGACACAAAGCAGACAAGAUGGCCAUUAUACUCCCAGAAGCCAGUUCUUCUGGUGUGGAACGCUCCCACUCAGGAGUGUGGGACACGACGGGGUGUUACGUUAUCAUUGGACCAGUUUGACAUUGUGGCAACCCCCAAUGAGGGUUUUGUCCGGCAGAAUCUCACAAUGUUCUAUAAGGAACGCCUCGGGCUUUAUCCCUAUUAUGAGACUGACGGUGCUGCGGUGAAUGAGGGGCUUCCACAGCUUGUUAGGCUUAUCGAGCACUAUGAAAAGAUGCCUCAGGGUCUAGACAAAUACAUACCAGACCAUCAGGCCAAAGGUCUGUCUGUCAUUGAUUGGGAGGAGUGGCGGCCCCUGUGGAUCCGAAACUGGGAUGCCAAAGACAUCUAUAGAAGGAAGUCGCGUGAAUUGGUGGCCCAAAAAAACCCCAAGUGGACCCAAGAGCAAGUUGGGAUUGUUGCACAGCAAGAGUUUGAGCUUUCGGCUCGCAAGUUCAUGCAAGAGACCCUGAGACAAGCUAAAAGUCUGAGACCUAAUCAGCUGUGGGGUUUCUACCUGUUUCCUGAUUGCUACAACCAUGACUACAAAGCCGGGCUGAAGAACUACACAGGACGUUGUCCUGCGGUUGAGAUAAAGCGCAACGAUCAACUGAACUGGCUGUGGAAGGAAUGUACGGCUCUUUUUCCCUCUAUAUACAUGGGUUCUGUGCUGCGCUCUACAAAUCAUGGACGCUUGUUUGUGAGGAACAGGCUGAAGGAGGCGAUGCGCCUUGCAUCUGUAGGGAAUGGUUCGGCACGUCCUGUUUUUGUGUAUACCAGACCCACUUACAACAGUGAGAUGACCCUUUUAACUGAGAGAGAUUUGGUCUCCACCAUUGGUGAGAGUGUUGCCAUUGGAGCUGCGGGUGUGAUCUUCUGGGGGGACACCUCCUAUGCAAGUAGUACCAGCUGCUCUACCUUGAAUAACUAUCUGCUAGGACCACUGGGCCAUUACCUCCUCAAUGUGACCAAAGCAGCGGAACAGUGCAGCCGGAUGUUGUGCAAUUUUCGCGGCCGCUGUCUUCGUCGAGCACCGGAUAGCGACGCUUAUCUGCACCUCAACCCCUCCACUCAAAGCAUAAUUUCUCAGGGUGGGAAAUUGAAGGUCAGGGGAUCCCCUGGGCAGGAAGAGCUGAAGACUUUCCGCAUGCACUUUAAGUGCCAGUGCUACACCGGGUACAGGGGUGAUGGCUGUGAGCAGAGAGAAGGAGGGUGGAAUAGAGGCCCCUCCAUUUUAGGGACCUGGCCUCUCUGCUUUCUGCUUCCACUCGGACUUCUCUCUGUUCUUCACUGAGGAAUCUAAGAAGCUGAACGAUUCACCAACUGUGCCAUUGCUCAAACAGAAAGUUUUGGUAAUCUGGCAUAGAAAUGAAAUGAAGUUUGUUGUGCUUUAGGAGCAGCAGGUACUCGCUGCUGGAUUCAGAGGGUUUUAUUACAGCGCAGACUGAAGUAAAACCACAGUGUUUGUUUUCUGGAAAUAAUUUUUUUUUUUUGUAUUUAUUUUAUGAAAAAUAACAGCUCAUUUAAAAGCUGGAAAUUUGCAUAGAUGUGUAGCUGAUAAUAGUGUUGAAACAGUAGAUCUAUUUGCAUAAUGUCCUAAUUAUUGGGCAAAGACCUGGUUAAAUCAAAUUUUGAAUGGCAAAUACAGCCUUAAACAUAAAAUAUGCCAGAUUUCUAAAAAAAA